GGAAUCACUUGAUUCUGGUGAAAUAGAAACUGAAGUGUAAUCGAGCGCUUGUGUGUUUGUGUCUCUGUUUUCUUGCAGUAAAAUGGCAGAACCCAGUGUUUCUCAGGAUGAUUUCAUGUGUCCGGUGUGUCUGGAUCUCCUGAAGGAUCCAGUGACUACUUCCUGUGGACACAGUUACUGUAAGAGCUGUAUUACAGACUGCUGGAAUCAAGAGGAUCAGAAGAGAGUCUACAGCUGUCCUCAGUGCAGACAGACCUUCAGUCCAAGACCUGCUUUAUCUACAAACACCAUGCUGGCUGAAGUGGUGGAGAAACUGAAGAAGACCAAACUCUCUGAUGACUGUUACGCCGGAGCUGGAGAUGUUCAGUGUGACGUCUGUACUGGAAGAAAAUACAGAGCCGUCAAGUCCUGUCUGGUGUGUCUGAACUCUUACUGUCAGAAUCACCUUCAACAACAUGAGAGUUUCUUUAAAGGAAAGAAACACAAAGUGACCGAAGCCACUGGACGACUGCAGGAGAUGAUCUGCCAGAAACAUGAGAAGAUCCUUGAGGUUUUUUGUUGCACUGAUCAGAAGUGUAUAUGUGUACUGUGUGUGAUGGAUGAACAUAAAAACCAUGACAUUGUAUCAGCAGCAGACCAGAGGACAAAGAAACAGAAUCAGAUGAAGGAGACUCAGAAGACGCUCCAGCAGAGAAUCCAGCAGAGAGAGAAAGAUCUCCAGCAGCUGAGAGAGGCUGUGGAGUCUCAUAAGCGCUCUGCACAGACAGCAGUGGAGGACAGUGAGAAGAUCUUUACUGAGAUCAUCCACUCCAUUGAGAGAAGCCGCUCUGAGCUGAUACGACUGAUCAGAGAUCAGGAAAAGCAAGCAGUGAGUCGAGCUGAAGGACGACUGGAGCGACUGGAGCAGGAGAUCAAUGAUCUGAGGAGAAGAGACGCUGAGCUGGAGCAGCUUUCACACACACAGGAUCACAUCCAGUUCCUGCAGAGUUUCCAGUCUCUCUCAGCUCUUCCUGAAUCUACAGACAUAAAUGAUGACCUCUUCAGGUCUCUCUUCUCUUCUGAUGAUCUGAGAGAGUCUGUCCUUCAGCUGAGAGACAAACUGGAGGAUUUCUGCAAAGAGGAGGUCAAGAAGAUCUCAGACAGAGUGACAUUCAGCAGCAUUGUUCCCAGAACCAGAAAAGAUUUCCUACAAUAUUCCCAUCAGCUCACUCUGGAUCUGAACACAGUGAAUAAACACCUCCUUCUGUCUGAGAACAACAGAGUGAUUACUAACACUGACACAGAGCAGCCGUAUCCUGAUCAUCCAGACAGAUUUGAUGAGUAUUCUCAGGUGUUGUGUAGAGAGAGUGUGUGUGGACGCUGUUACUGGGAGAUUGAGUGGAGUGGGAGUAGUGCUCAUAUAUCAGUGUCGUAUAAAAACAUCGGCAGGAAGGGAUGGGGUGAUGAGUGUGUGUUUGGAUAUAAUGAUCAGUCCUGGUGUUUGUACUGCUCUUCUUCUAAGUACUCAUUUAGACACAAUAACACAUGGACUGAUCUCUCUGUGAAGCCCAUCAGCAGUAGAGUAGGAGUGUUUGUGGAUCACGGAGCAGGAACUCUGUCCUUCUACAGCGUCUCUGACACAAUGAACCUCAUCCACACAGUCCAGACCACAUUCACUCAAGCUCUCUGUCUUGGGUUUGGGGUUUAUUUUGGAUCAUCAGUCAAACUGUGUUGAUGAAUCAGAAUAGACUGAUGAGAGAUUCUACCCAUAAUGCUUUGAGCUGCAUGAUAAAUCAGUAAGAGUGAGAUGUUAGAGUCUCUUCAAGACAUCAAUACUGCAGCUGAACUUCUGUCAUUGAGAUAACGUGUAUCAGAAUAAAUGUGUAUAAUUAAUUCUCAUAUAGACAGUAAGAUUCCGGGCCUGUGAUUCCGUUUCUUCUGUUCUUUCUUCCCAUUUCUUCACUCUGGGGUGUUUCUCCUGAAGUGCAUGAUCAUCUCCACUAUUUUGAACAGCUUCAGCUUCAGGUUGUUUUGACAGCACCAGUUUAUUUAAAGGAGUAUCCAGGAUGAUGGUGUUGAAAGUCCACAAACAAGAUCCUUGCAUAAGUCCCUGGUUUGUCCAGAUGUUGGAGCAUGACUGGACAAUAAUUCAGUAUGAAUAUGUAUUGCAAUACAAUUUUUUUCAAUAAAGCUGAAUUCAAUCAAA